GGACCCACCAUGAAACUGAGGAGGCCCAUUGUUGUGAAGAUGUACCAGGAGAAAAUAAACGAAAUGUAUGCAGUGGCAAAACAGUAGACUGCACAGAGAUGAGAUAAUGUUGAAGAGAGGCAGUUGUGGGAAACUUGGGGCGUGCCCAGAUGUCAUGUUGGGAAAUGAUUAAACCUCUUUUCACAUGUUGAAAGUGGAAAACUUAUUUAACAGGAAAAUUUCCGAUUCUGAUUCUAUUGUAUUUGAUGGAACUGAUGUUGUUGUGCUGCUAUGUUUUAAUGUCGAGUUUCUGUUGUCUCUUCCAAAUCGAUAUUUAAGCUGUUAAAUGUACAUACAGUUUCACAGCAGCUGUGCACAUUUUGUAAAUAAAACUAAUCAGAGCCCAAAUUUUACUAUAUACUGUGUAGCAUACACAGGAGAAUUAUACAUUAUAACUCCACCAAAGCCACAUGCAGGAUGGGAAACACUGGAAACAGUCAUCAUUUAGGGAAGGUAACUUUUACAUUUUGACAGUUUUUAAAGAACAUUUUAUGAACCAUAAUCCACUUUGGCCUGAAAAACGAAAUUUUUGAUCAUGAGCUAAUGUAUUUUAUUUUUGAAACAGCAGUAUGUAUUUAAAGAUUUUACAGAAUUAAUAGCGAGUCUCAUGUUGUUUACGUGCGUAAACAUCUGGCAAAGCUGAAGACAUUGCCUGAAGAGCGGAGGAGAUGUUUGGAUAAAUAUUUUUAUAAUGUGAUGAGAAUUAAUUUUUCAUAUCACAAACACGUGCAAAUUGUAAAUCAUCCAUUGAAUUUGAAAUAUUUUUUGCUUCUCCAUGUACAGUUUGACAACUACUGAAUUGUUUAUUUUGUGAUAGAUGUUCCAUGAUUGUCAAUAAAAGUGAGUGAUUUG